AUGAUCGAAAAGCGCUCCAACCAAUCCCUAUACGGCCGACACGACAUGUACGAUGGCGACUCAGGCUAUGACCGAUCUUCCUUUUAUAGCGAAGAUGAGCCAAUGUCUAGCGAAGAGAAAGCGCUUGUCCGAAAAAUCGAUUUCUUCAUCUUGCCUUUUAUUUGCAUCAUCAACUUGUUGCAGUUUAUCGAUAAAUCCACCAUCAACUAUGCCGCCGUAAUGGGCUUCAAAGAGGACACGGGGCUUGUUGGCAAUCAAUACAGCUUACUUGGUUCCAUCUUUUAUCUUGGCUAUCUUGUAUAUCAGUUUCCCAACAAUUACUUUUUGCAACGCUUUCCCAUCGGUAGAUACAUUGGCGUCAUUGUCUUUUUGUGGGGUGCCGUUCUUGCAUGCACUGCCACUGGCGAAAAUUUCUCACAGCUUGCUGCUUUACGUUUCCUUCUUGGCUUUUUUGAAGCUGGCAUCUACCCAUGUCUCACUUUGCUUGUGAGUACCUUUUAUCGACGUGCCGAACAAGCUGCACGAUUAGGCUUAUUUUGGAUCUGUAACGGUGCUGCCCUUAUUGUUGGCUCCGCUAUAUCCUAUGGUAUCCAAAGCAUGAAAGAUACGAGAGGUUUAGAAAACUGGCAAUGGAUUAUGAUCAUUCUCGGUGUGAUUACAUCUUUUAUCGGCAUAGUGACAUUCUUCCUCCUUAUCGAUAACCCAAAGUCACCAGCAUUGCAACUGAAUGCCGAGCAAGAGAUCCUUGUCGAAGAACGUACACGUGAUAAUGCUGUGGUGCGUACGACUACGAUUAAACGCGAUCAAAUCAUUGAAGCUCUCAAAGAGACUCGUUUUUGGUGCUUUUGUAUUGGCUGCUUGUUGAUCAAUUUGCAAAAUGGUGCGAUGACCAUCUACAAUGCACAGAUCACUGAGAGUUUUGGUUUCACGGGUGCCGAAUCGAUCUUGCUAACAAUGGGUGCUGGUGGCUCGACCAUUCUUUUCAUCGUCCUUGGUGUCUAUUCAGUGCAUAAAACCAACCAGACUUUGUUAACAGCCGUGGCCUUAAUGGCGAUCGAUGUAAUCGGUCUUAUCCUCUUGCUUGUAAUCCCGCCACCUCGUGUCAAGUUGCUUGGUUUUUAUUUGGCAUGGUCCUAUUGUGCUGCAUAUGUCCUACUCGUCACUUCAAUUAGCAACAACGUCAGUGGGUAUACAAAGAAGAUCUUCUAUAACGGCAUGUUGAUGGUGUUUUACACGCUUGGUAACUUUUGCGGCCCACUCAUGAUGGUGCAAAAUCAAUCUCCACCUUAUCUUGGUGGUAUGAUCGGCUACAUCUGUGCGAUUACAAUUGCUGCGGGCUUGUUGGUAAUUGCACGCUGGCGUAUGGCAGUGGUCAAUAACAAGCGAUUGGCUGUAACACCAUCCGUCAUGACCAAUGUCGAAGACGAUCUCAGUGACGUGCAAGAUCCCAACUUCUUGUACAGGUUAUGA